AUGGCAAAGCUCCUGAUCCUGGCUGCUUUGUCAUUUGUCUCAUUCAAAACAGGAGUAAGUUCCGUGGGAACAACCACCAGUCCUCAACAACAGAAUCCACAUACUGGUACUGACAAAGGCCCAUGUGAGGUACUCUUAAGCAUGCUUUAUCCACGGUUAUUUACUACAAAAUCGCAUGUACUUCAUGGAGCGUUCAUUUGUCACACCUAAGUUUAACCACUCAUGUCUGCCAAGCUAAGCGCAAAACAAAUCCCUCAUCAAUCAUAAGUGAAACAUUGCUGAAUGAAGUUUCUUUUAGGGAUAUCUCUACGUAUAGAGCGUUACAAGAUCAUUCGAUGUUCCGAGCUGUUUCUCCUAAAACGAAGCUAACUUCUCAUCAAGAUUAGUUUCUGAAGAAACUGCUGGGCUAAUUCGGCUAACAAGUAAAUAUCAAUGAACAGCAAGUACAUCCAUCAAAUUACAAUGUUUUUUUUUUCUUCCUCAGAAAUCCAUUUUUGCUCGUGGAUUUUCUGGGAUUCCAGGAUCGAAUGGCAUACCUGGAAUGCCGGGGAUUCCUGGCGCCCCAGGGCCCCAAGGACAACAAGGAAAAGAUGGAGCUAAGGGGGAGCCUGGUGUCAAGGGACCGAGAGGCAUGACGGGAACAAGAGGACAGAAAGGAAAUCCAGGCUCACUUGGUAAAAAUGGUACACCUGGAAUGAUGGGAAUGAAAGGAGAUAAAGGUCAUGAAGGGUCACGUGGCAGCAGUGGACCACCAGGAAUCAAGGGUGUGAAAGGAGAGCAGGGAUCUAAAGGAGAGAAAGGAGAAAUCGUGAAUAGUGCGGCGUCACAGACCAACUGGAAACAGUGUGUGUGGAAAAAUGAAGAUGGUAGAGACAGUGGAAAGAUUAAGGUACAGAAAUAUCUAGAAAAUGCGAUAAAAAAUAAGAUUGAGUGUUGGAGCAAAUUUGUCAUGGCCAUCUCUGAAAGAGACUUUUGAGAAAUGCAGCCAAACUAAAAACAUCAAUUAACAAUUCUGUGCAUCCUUGAAGGCAGGAAAGGUAGAAGGGUAUUAUUAAGUUGUUUUCUAUAACACUCUUUUAUGCAUUUUGUUGCACUAAGACUGUAUUCAUGGCAUUUUUUUUAAGGAUUGCUCAUUCAACAAGCUGCAGUCUGAUACAGCUAUUAAAGUCUCAUUCCAGGGAAAUACAGUAGUCUAUGGCACUACAAGUAAAUGCAACAAGUGGUUCUUCAAGUUUAAUGGAAAUGAAUGCAGUGGACCAAUGACAAUUGAGGCUGUUGUGUACAACAAUUGGCCAUCUGGGAAUCCUAAUCUGCUUCAUCACAGAUCAUUUGAGGGAUACUGUGAAAACAUUCCACAGGGUAGGGUUACUGUGGAGUUAUGGGUAGGAAAGUGUCCCGGUUAUGUACUGGGGGAUGCUUACACUGGAUGGAACUCAGUAGCCCGUAUAAUGAUAGAGGAAGUGUCCAGAGCCCAGCCCUAAUCAGCCCUGUCAUCUUCACCUAAGGACUGGAGUAGAUAAUUCUCUUUUUAUUCAUCCAUUAUUUUAGAUUCGUAAAAGUAGAUACAAAACGUCAAAAGGUCAGUGAGCACGGACAGCCCAAGCACAUAACAAGAGUAUCUAUCAUUUUGCUAUUAGUCAAAAGAUGAGAUGUAAAGUUGCAGUUUCAUUAAGCAAAACUUUACUCUUGCCUUGCAGAAGAAGUCUGUUGUAUUACAGAUUUUGAAAUAUUUUGAAGAGUUUGAAAGAAAGUAAACAGCUUUUCUGACCAAAGUAAGGUUUUAUUGUAGAUGUUAAAAAUCCAUA